AAAUAACAAUUAUUUGAAAGAAUAAAUAUAUUUUCUCGAUGUAUGACAGUUCGACGAUACGAACGUAAACAUUCAGAUCAAGACAAACCAUUUAAAUCUUUCAAUUGAGCUGGCAAAACAUGUUUGCAGUAAAAAGAAUUUUCAACAAAAUAAAAAUACCUUUAUAUGCAACUUACUCAACAAACUCUAAACUUGUUGAAGUUAUACAUGAAAAUGAAACAGGUAUUGCUACAAUAUCAAUGGCAAAUCCACCUGUAAAUAGUUUAAGCAAAGAAUUAUUAAAUGCUUUAAAUAAAUCUUUAAUGGAUGUACAACAAAAACAAUGCAGUGGUGUUAUAUUGACAUCCUCAUUACCGACUGUAUUCUCAGCAGGACUUGACAUAAUGUCAAUGUAUAAUAAAAACGAAAAACAAUUAACUGAAUAUUGGCAGACAUUGCAAGAUACAUGGUUAACUUUAUAUGGCUUGGGAAUACCAAUAGCUGCUGCUAUUAAUGGUGCCAGUCCUGCUGGAGGAUGCUUAUUAGCAAUGUCUUGUGAAUAUAGAGUUUUUGUUGAAGGAAAACAUACCAUAGGACUGAAUGAAACAAAGUUAGGAAUUGUGGCACCGACAUGGUUCAGAGAGCUUUAUAUUGAUACAAUAGGAUAUAGAAAAGCUGAAAUGGCACUUCUGCGAGGAACAUUAUUUCAUCCCAAAGAGGCAUUAGAAAUUGGACUUGUAGAUGAAUUAGUUCCAGAUAAGACAAAUGCAAUCAGCAAAUGCCAAAAUUAUAUAAGAAGUUUUAAAAACAUACCUCUUAAAGCUCGACAGAAAGCAAAAUCGGAUUUGAGAAGACAUAAUUUACUGUGGCUGAAAGAAAAUCGAGAAUUAGAUCUUAAUGAAUUUUUAACACUUAUACAAUUACCAAAAGUGCAAGCUGGCCUUAAACUAUAUAUUGAAUCUUUAAAACAGAAAUAGAAAUCAACUGAAAAUUGAUCUUUCAUAUUCUAUUUUUUAAUACUUAUACUUUUUGAUACUAUAACAAAUGAUAUAUACAAAUAUGUUUAUAUAUUAAUGUUUUAUUAUUUAGUAAAUGCAAUUGUUAAAAUG